AUGCGCCGUCGAGUCAACAAUGUGUUGGCUCUUUGCUACGUUUGCCUGGCCCUAUUUCUGUUCGUUCAAAUCCAAAAACACACGAGUUUCCGAUCGGAACAGGUUGGAGAACAAUAGUAUUCGUUUCCAAAACAAAAAUGUUCAGAUGCCACUGCUCCUCCUCGGCUCUCCUCUGAAUUGGAGUGCUAAAAUCCAUCUGGAAAAUGUGGAAAUCAUCGCGGAAGAAUGUGCUUGUAGAUCGCAAAAAUCCGAGAAGAUUCAUGACUUUUGCUACAAGUUACCAGAGGUAUAUUCCAGAGUUGAGCGGAAGAAUUUUUAUCUUUUUUAGAACAUUUUUUCAUGAAAUGUGAUCAACUGACGAAAUGUAGAGCAAAGUGAACUCUGCUCAUAGAAAAAUAAUUGUAAAUUUAGCUUUUCAUACAAAAAAGUUAUUAGAGUUGUUGCGUGAAAAUGUCCUUCCGUCUUCGAUUAGCCCUUAACUUUUUUGUAUGAAAAGCUAAAUUUACAAUUAUUUUUCUAUGAGCACAGUUCACUUUGCUAAACAUUUCGUCAGUUGAUCACAUUUCAUGAAAAAAAUAUCUAAAAAAGAUAAAAAUUCUUCCGCUCAACUCUGGUAUAUUCCCAAGAAACAAUUGAAAAAAAACCGAAUAGAAUUUCGAUUAGAAUCCAACGAAAACGGGCCGAAAAUUCGAUUGCAAAUGGCUUGAGGAAUGGCAAACAAUUGGUAAAUCUUUAUUUUCGGACGCCGCUCAAACAUUUACAGAAUCCACCGCACCAACUAUUAUCGAUCUGAAACAUUUGCCGGAACCAGUCUUUGUGACCGCUUUCAAUGAACCUUUUCUGCAAAAUGGCAAACGAUUGGUUCGUCUUAAAGAGUUUAGCGCUUUCAGAGUUAUCAGGUUCCAAAAGCCAAAAAAAUGAUUUUUUUUUCCCCCGUUUUUUUCCCUAUUCAGCAAUGUCAAAAAAUUGAAAAAAAAAACCGGAAAGAAAUGCAUCGCUCACAGGGUCUCGCAGCGAUUUCCCGGACGCGUGGAUUUACGAGUGAAUUUACGCAAAUUUUUGUUAAUUUUUCACCGAAAUUGCCCGAAUUUUCCCGCUAUUUCCGACCGGUUUUCAUCGAAAAGCUCAACGUUUUGAACGAUAUGACGAGGCGCUCGAAACUAUCCAACAAAAAAAAAAAAACGAAUUCAAGCAAAGUCGGUCGGAAAUAGCGGGAAAACGUGGCAAUUUCGCAUCAGUUACCAUAACAGAUAAAUAAGAACUGAAAUUCCGUUGAAAAUCGAUUAAAAAUCGAUUGAAAAUAGCGGGAAAAUGUGGCAAUUUCGCUGAAAAAUUAGAAAAAUUUUCGUAAAUCCACUCAUAAAACGUCUCUCACAGUAGUCGCAUGCAUCGCGUCCGGGAAAUCGCUGCGAGACCCUGCGAUGCAUUUUUUUUCCGUUUUUUUUUUCAUUUUUUGACAUCGCUGAAUAGGGAAAAAAACGGAAAACAAUAAUUUUUUCAUCGCCUGAAUAGCUCCAUUACUCUGGUUUUGAGAAGCAAAAACAAAUGAAAUUCAGAUUUCCUCGAUACGAAAAUUGGGAUUCCACAAUACAAUCGUUUUAUACAGUUUGGGAAUCAAGGAAAAACGAUUGGAAGAGCUGAAAGAGGUUUGCAAAAUAUCGAACCAAAAACCUAAGCCAGUGAACAGUCACCGUUAAUUUUGGUAUAAUUACCCAAGUUGAGGUACGAACCUGGGAAUGACUUGCAGAAAUUUAGCGGUAGCUUUCUAAUUUUGGGGCAAAGUGACUAAAAGUGGAAAAAUCGGAUGUGAAUUGAUGGAUUUAUGCCAAUGAUUUGGGAUCAGGGCCGGGAUUUUCCGUUUACGGUGGUUUUUUUGUGAUACAAAAGAUUUUUCUCGAUUAUUUGUCUAAAAUCAGAAAUUAUUUAAUCGAUAAGAACAAGAUUAGGCAUCAAAAGACACCAAAACGUUCUAAAAAAUACGAUAGGAAUUAUAGAAUUGUUAGAAUUAUAUUCAAUUGUAUUCUAGUUUUCAUUUCCUUAGACAAAAACAGUACACUUCAUGGAUUUUACGGAUUUUACGGCUUCUUGAAACCGUAAAUUUGCGGUUUUACGGAUCCGUUAAAAAAAAAUUUAAGCCCCACCCUGACGGUGAUGCCAAACAGUUGGCCACGCCCACACAAGGUCGGAUCUGCCGUGGCGGAAGCCACGCCCACGAAAGUAUAUAAGGUCGUCGAAACAAGACAUUUGCACCAGUGUUGAGCGGAAUUCCGUCUUCCGUCUUCCGUCUUCCGUUUUCCGGGAGAAAAAUUUUCUUCCGUCUUCCGUUUUCCGUCUUCCGUUUUCCGUCUUCCGUUUUCCGUCUUCCGUUUUCCGGGAGAAAAAUUUUCUUCCCUCUUCCGUCUUCCGUGAAUUUUUUUGUUCCGUCUUCCGUCUUCCGUUUUCCGUUUUCCGUCUUCCGUCUUCCGUUUUCCGUCUUCCGUUUUCCGGGAGAAAAAUUUUCCGCUUAACUCUGCUCGGAAGGUUGUCCUAAAAAGAAUAAUCUUACCUGGUAAGGUCUUGAGAGAGCCCCCAAAAAGGCUCACGUCGCUCAUUGUUUCCCCCUUUGCCUUUUUCCACUUGAACCAAAGGGGUAAAAUGGUACGUCGAUGUGAUGGUUCAAUAAAAAAUUAUCGGAAAAUUGAGAACAAGUCCAAUAUCGCAGUGUUUUGCGUUUUUUUUUGGCUAAUCAGCGUCUGCUUGGUAAUGCGUCUGCUCGGUAAUGCGUCUGCUCGGUACUGCGUCUGCUCGGUACUGCGUCUGCUCGGUACCGCGUCUGCUCGGUACUGCGUCUGCUCGGCAUGCUUGUACAUACUAAAUAAACGUUUUCCAAUUCUCAGACCGCUUGCAAUCUGGAAAUUCGUAAUUUCAACUUUUCAAAGUAUCCCGGAUACGUGGCACACUUGAAAGACUAUCGUUGGAAACCGAUAGUAAUCGCCGAGACGUUGCGCGAUUUCGGCGCCAUUUGGUACCUCGACUCUUCGGUAAUUUUCGAGAAACUCAACGUCUCUCACGUCUACGAUUUGAUCAAAUGUCACGGAAGUGUGCACGAGAGGUGCGUCGAUUUGUUCUGAAAAACGUCAAAAGCCACACAGUACAGUGUUGAGCGCAAGAAUUUUUAUCUUUUUUAGAAAAUUUUUUCAUGAAAUGUGAUCAACUGACGAAAUGUAGAGCAAAGUGAACUCUGCUCAUAGAAAAAUAAUUGUAAAUUUAGCGAUUCAUACAAAAAAGUUAAGGGCUAAUCGAAGUCGGAAGGACAUUUUCACGCAACAACUCGAAUAUAACUUUUUUGUAUGAAUCGCUAAAUUUACAAUUAUUUUUCUAUAAGCAGAGUUCAUUUUGCUCUACAUUUCGUCAGUUGAUCACAUUUCCGGAAAAAAUUUUCUAAAAAAGAUAAAAAUUCUUCCGAUGAGUUCGUCCCGCUCAACUCUGCCACACACUAUACAUAACCGGAUUUUGAGAGCGCCCAUGUUGUCCAGUUCGGUUCGGGACGUGCGGGAGAGCCGCGAAAAGCACGAAGACGGAUGGAAUCGCGAGAUUUGGGAGCGGAACCUGAGAGAGUGCCGCAAAGGCCAGUACUUGUUGCACGGCUACAGUGGACACGGCAUUCUGUCCGUCACUAAUCCGGGUUGGGCGUGAGAAAAAACCGUCAAAUGUUUGUCCGAGCUGAAUUGAUAUAUUGUAGGCGUCUACACGUAUUUUCCGACGAAUCCGCACGAGUUGAGCAAGAAAAAGGCAAAAAUGUACGACGCCGGAUUCGUUUUUGCGGUCAACACCCGUCAGACGAUGAGCGAUAUUGUCAAGUGGUAAUUUUUGAGACUUUCUGGAACAAUUUCCAAUUUUUUGUCAGGUACUUUUUGUGCGCUCUUCAAGAAGAUUGUAUGGCUCCGAAAGGCGCAUCUUUGGGGUGCAGUUUUCGGGGAGACGAUCGAUUCACAGAGUAUGCGGAUUGCCAUCGGUGGGUUUCUCGAUUUGAAUCGAUAUUGUAGAGCUAGGAGUUGUGGUAUUGGUCUGAAAGUUUUUUUUUGGUAUUAUUGACGUCAAAUACUUUAUUUUUGUAGUUGAGAGUUUUUCGAUAGGACCACUCGCUGGAGUACUGUAGCUCUUGGAAGUUGGGACUAGGGUUCAAGGCAGAAAAAUUGCGAUUCUAACUUCCAAGAGCUACAGUACUCUAGGCAUUGGUUGUAGAGAAAAGUUGUCAACUACAAAAAUACAGCUCAUAUAUUGAUUGUCAUUUUUGUUGUUGACAACUUUUUUGUACAGUCACUGCCUGGGGUACUGUAGCGCUUCAAAGUUAGGAUCGCAAUUCUUCUGCCUUAAACUUGUCUCAACUUCCAAGAGCUACAGUACUCCAGAGAGCGGUCCUAGAAAAAAGUUGUCAACUACAAAAGUCUAGUACUAGAUGUCAUGAUUUCAUAAAUCGCAUUGUAAAACCGAAAAAGUUCCAGAUUCGACCAAUCGAUAAUCAAUCUCGUGUUGGCCAACCAAUUCUGGUACGAUCGGAGGUAUUAUGUCAGUGAAAUUGUCGAUUUUUUCCACAUUGAUCGAGGCGGAUCUUCCGGUCAUUUCGACAAGGAUUUGCAAUGUAUUUGA